AUGAGCAGAGUUAAAACGAAUGUGUUGCCUCAAGCCAUCCUGCAAAGCCCAAGGGAGCAUCCCAGGUUCAUAGAGCAGAUUGUUUGCCCCUCAUUAGACUUUGCAAGGAUUCACUUGAUCAAAGACAAAGAUGGCAUAGAUGAUUAUUUGGCGAAGAAUAUCAAAGGGUUGUCAAAACAAGAAGCUGCCGCUAACAGGAAUUCAUACAAGAAGAACAUCUGCAUAGACAUGCUGCGACAGGGUUAUCACGAGUCCUUCUCCGAGCUCCUCACUCUGAUACAGAAGUGGAAUGCCUUGAGGGAGGCUGCAGGGCCUGGGUCAGACAUAUGGCAGCAGAAGUCCCUGGAGGAGCAGCCUGAUAAGCUGGAUCAGCUUUACCACUUCCUGACCAGGGCUGAGGGGGCCCAGCGAGCAGGGCUCUACGAGGAGGUGUAUGACAACCAGCUGCAGCUGGCCUGCUGUUUCACGGAGCCUGAGGACAAAUGGUUAAGUCAUUAUUUCUAUGAGCAAUGCUUUAACACCGCUCAGCGAGUCAAGAUAGAUGGUGGGAAGAGAGAGGCACAAGCCCAUGUAAACAUGGGCCUCAUCUGUGAGGAACAAGGUCACAUCAUGAGAGCUGCUGAGCAUUAUGAAGCAUUUUAUCAGCUCACACAGGGUUCGACGUGGAAGGAUGAGGCAGGCCGCGCUUACAAUUCACUGGCGUGUGAGCAUCUCUGGAGGAUUCAUACAUUACUAGCAGACAAAAUGCUAGGAAAUAAAGAACACAAACAGGCCAUCAAAACCCUAAUAAAAGCUUCAAAACUGGCAAAAGAAGGAGGUGAUAGAAAGCUGGAAGGAGAAGCUGCUUAUUGCUUAAGUAUGGCAUAUCAUUUUGCUGGAGAACAACAGACAGCAUUAUCACUUUUGGACACCUCUGUAAAAAUCUUCCAAGCACUUUGUGAUUCUGCUGGCCUAGGCAGAGCUUAUGCAGCUAUAACCAAGAUCCUGGUAAGCCAGGGAAAAGAGACUGAAACUGUGAAGUACUUGGAGGAGUUUAUGAAGUAUGCUGAGGACUCUCAUCUAAGCCGAAGCCUGGUGGAUGCAUGUGUAUUACUUGGCAAUGUUUACAAUGAAAUGGGGAAAGGCAAGGAAGCUUCCAAGUGUUUCGAACAGGCUCGUGAGGCAGCCAAAACUUUAGAUGAUUUGCCCUUAAUGGAUGAAGUGAAGGUUUACUGUGGCAUUGCAAAGGCUCACGAGCUAAGAGUGGCAUUUAACAGCCAGAUAGAAGCAGAAGAUCCCCUCAGCCUCAGGUACCUGCUGGCAUGGAAGGAGAACAGAAGUGACAUGUGCACUGACCCUCUCACAGGAGAACCAGAAAAAGACAAAGGUGCAAUGAUAGGUCUUAAUCCACAGGGGACUUCAAUGGAAGGAAGAGGGAAGGUGAUAAGUUUUCAUUUCUAA